GUUUUUUCACUCCAACGAGAACAGAGACCGUUGUAGCUGCAAUUACCUUAUGAAGGAAUUAGCAGUUAGCUAAAUGCAAAGGAGCAACAUGGCGAGCCAGAACAAGAAGACGGCCCAGUAUCAUUCAGAUCUGCCGCAUGGGAACAUUUCGGUUUCCCUGUAAACUAUAACGGGGAUUACCAACGAGUGGUGGAUAAAACAUCUACAACAUGUAGGCUCAGUUAAUUUUGCAGAUAGCCUAUUAGAGUGGUAAUACAAGUAACAUGACUACUCAUUUGCGCCGACACCUCAAAGUGCCAAUCCGUGGGACUAGGCGAAAAAAUGAAACGGCAAACACUUCUCUCCACAGCCUUCAGACAGCAAUAUGCGUCUGACUCCGGUAGGGCUAAAGAAAUCAACGCAGCGAUACCAAAAUUUAUAGCAGUAUGUAAUGCGACCCAUAUCCGUGGUAAAUAAUGCGGGGUUCACAAACAUGUUUAAAGUGGUCGAGCGCGCUUCACUAUUCUUUCCCGUACACAUUUGGCCCAGACAUUAAAGCCUGCUUUAUACAAACAAACAAAAACUUGAGAGCGAGUUGUCAGAAACGCAGUCUGUUGCUCUAACAAAAGACUGUUGGACGUCUAGAGCUACAGAGAGCGACCUUACUGUAACGGUUCAUUUCAUUACGGUAGAAUGGGGAUUACAAAGCCAUGUCUUUCAAACACGUCCCAUUGAGAGUAGUAACACCAGUGUAAACUUUGGGGAAGAGCUAAGGGCAGUAGUUGCAGUGUGGAAGUUGGAGAGGGAUAAUGUAACGAUUCCUGUGACCACUGACAACGCUAAAAAAUAUUGUAAAUGCAGUUGCACUAGCUGGAUUGGGGCAACAUAUAGGAUGCUUUGCUCACAUUAUUAAUCUAGCAUCUCAAAAAAAAUGUCAGUGGAUCCAAUCUCUCGCCUCCUAGCAAAGAUCAGGAAGGUGGUAUCCUUCUGUCAUAAAAGCACAACUGCUGCACAUGUUUUCAAGACAAAACAGGAGAUGCUGGAGCUGCCAAACUACAAACUAGUCCAAGAUGUCCCUACUAGAUGGAAUUCAAGCCAUGACAUGGUUGAGAGGUACCUUGAGCAGAAAGUUGUGGUGUAUUCUACACUGACUGAUCAAGCCGCGAGGAAGAAUAUCAAAGAUAUUGUGACCUUGUCUGAAAAUGACAGAAAACUUCCUCUGCUAGUUAUCAAAGUGUGCAAACCUCCCAAAACAGUCACAACACUGAUAUGCACAGAGCCUUCCAUCAGUUUCUGUGGUCCUGCCUAUGAAAAUCCUGAAAUCAAUGGUGGCAUCUGAUGAAGAUAAACCCGCAGCAAGGGAUGUCAAGACGACUAUUAGAGUUAACCUGGAGCCUAGAUAUGCUGACCCUGGUGUCCAAGACUUCUUACACAAGAGCACCACUUUGGACCCCCGGUUCAAGUCCCUGCUGCACCUCGAUGCUGCUGCUCGUCUGAGAGUCUACAAUGAACUCACAGCAGAGAUUGUGACCAAUACACAACAGGGUCAAGCCACAGGAGCCAACCCCUCUCCAGAGAUGGCAGACUACAGGGGUUCUACUCCAGAAAAGGAGGUGACCUCAUACAGGGAAGUGGACUGUAUUCCCCUGGAUGCUGAUCCACUUACAUGGUGGAAGACCAAAGAGUUAAUAUACCUUCAUGUUGCCAUGUUAGGAAGGCGCUACCUGGCUGAGCCUGGGACCUCUGUCCCUAGCGAGAGGAUAUUCUCCACAGCUACCUGGCUGAGCCUGGGACCUCUGUCCCUAGCGAGAUGGUAUUCUCCACAGCUACCUGGCUGUGCCUGGGACCUCUGUCCCUAG